AUGUACCUAACGUCAGAUCCCGGACUAGACUAUGACGUCAUUUCGACGUACAACGUCACGCUGGAAUGCUGGGACGCCUUCGGAAACUCUAGUGUCAUUGUUACAGUCGACGUAAUCGACGUAACGUUGCCGCCAGUAUUUGAAAACAUCACGACGUCAAUAGAUCUCUUAGAGGGCGUCACUCACGUCUCGACUCUCGUAGCGUUUAACAUCACAGACCCUGACGGUGGUGACAUUACGUCAUGUUCGUUGAAUGGCGAUUACGGCAAUUUCGACAUCAACAGAGAUGCGACAAACGGAAACGUUUUUGAUCUCCGCGUGAAUGCCGGCGUCAUUCUAGAUUAUGACGUCAUUUCUUCUUAUGAGAUCAAUGUCACCUGCAUUGAUGACGACAACGAGACAGCGUCUAUGACGUUUCAUAUAAACGUCAUAGAAAAUCAGCCACCUGCCAUUGAAUUAGCAGCCGGAGUCUUCACUGUUCUCGAAACCGAAACGUCUUCACGUCUACUAAUUACAUUGAACGUCAGUGACGUCGAAAACGACGCGUUUUAUUGCGUUCUAAAAUCGACCUCACCGUCAUCAUCAGCGUUUGUUUUGAACUUACAUCAAGACGAAUAUAGUCUGCAUAUCACGUCAAAUCCGGGAUUAGAUUAUGACGUUACACCAGCGUACAACGUCACCAUAGAUUGCUGGGACGCGCAUGGUAACUCCAGCGUUGUAGUCAACGUCGCCGUCAUCGAUGUUACGUUUCCGCCAGUGUUUGAAGGCGUUGCCAGUGUUCUUGACGUCAUGGAAACCACGUCUAGCGGACUGGCGUUAGAAACCUUCAACGUCAAUGAUCCUGACGAUGACGGCGAAAGGUCAUGCACGCUGAGCGGUGACAACGGCGAUUUUAGCGUUGUAAAGGAUGUGGGAAACAACUCAUCAUUUAGUCUGCAGGUUGCUCCAGCAGCAAGUCUUGAUUAUGACGUCAUCUCCGCAUAUGACCUCAACAUCACAUGUUUUGAUGUUGAUAAUGAGACAUCGUCAACCGUCAUUCAUAUCAAUAUCCUACCAAAUCUACCGCCUUCGAUUGAAACACCGGCGUCAUCGCUAACCGUUCUAGAAACAGAAACCACGCAACGUCUCAUAGUGUCGCUGAACGUCAGUGACGCGGAAAACGAUAGCUUCACAUGCGCCCAUGUCUCGACUACACCGACAUCUACCGCCUUCGGGUUGCAACGGCAUGGCCUAGAUUACAGUCUUUAUCUGAACGCAAACCCCGGACUCGAUUAUGAUGUCAUAACCAAAUACGACGUCACGGUCGAAUGUUGGGACUCUUACAACAACUCCAGCAUUGGCAUUGCCAUCGACGUCAUAGACGUGACGUCACCGCCCGCUUUCCACGACGUCGUUUCUCCCGUUGCCGUUAUUGAAAGCGUUGCAAACGCGUCACCGCUGACAACUGUAAACGUCACGGACCCUGACGGUGGUGACGUCACUUCAUGUCAUCUCAGUGGCAACGGUGGAAUGUUCAGUCUCAUGCGGCAAACGUUAAAUACUGAAUUGUUUGAUUUGUUCCUGAGCCCCGGGCGAAGUCUGGAUUAUGACGUCAUUUCUGCUUAUAACGUUAACGUGACAUGUGUCGACACAGAUAGUGAGACCUCGUCAAUAGUGAUUCGUAUCAACGUGUUGCAGAACACGCCCCCUAUAAUAGUCCCACAGUCUGCAGCAAUCACAGUGGUCGAAAAUGAACAGUCAAGUCGUUUGCUUAAGACCUUGACCGUAAGUGACGUAGAGGGUGACAUCAUCAAUUGCACGCACGUUGGCACUUCUCCGUCAUCUGCUGCGUUUACGUUAAUCUUAGAAGGAUCAGAUUUUAGCCUCUACUUGACCGACAAUCCAGGACUCGACUAUGACAGGACACCAUCAUAUGACGUCACGCUAGAAUGCUUCGACCCAUACGGUAGCUCUAACGCCAUUUUUGUCAUUGACGUCACUCCAACAGGGCCGCCAGAGUUUACGGCCAUAGACUCGCCUCUCCUCCUCCAAGACGGAACCACGGGUUACUUUGUUCUUUAUGUGUUUGACGUCGCGGACCCGGACGGCGGUAGCGUUACCUGCAGUCACAGCGGUGACGCUGGAACAUUUAAAUUGAUGAGAUAUAUAGGGGAUACUUUCCACCUGGCCCUAAGAGCUGACGUCACAUUGAACUAUGACGUAAUACCCAAGUACGAAAUUAACAUUACGUGCUUUGAUGGCGUCGGUGACAACACGACAAUAACGUCUAUAGUCAUCGUAAAGCCAAACGAGCCCCCGUCGAUCUCUAGUCCUGUGAUGGCAGUCACCGUUAGUGAAAAUAACGUCAGCCAACAUUUACUGUAUACGUUAGACGUCAGUGACGCGGAGAACAACACGUUUGCGUGUUCCCUGACGUCGAUAUUGCCAAAUACGUCAGCAUUCGGGUUCUGGCAGGACGGCACCGACUACGGGUUACAUUUGCUCAACAACCCUAAUCUUGAAUAUGCAGUAACGUCAUCGUAUGAUGUCACAGUCCGUUGCUGGGACCAGAAAGGCUAUUCGACCAUGACCUUUGUCGUCUAUGUGAUCCCUAAUUACCCACCGGUCUUCACAAAUCUGCCAGCUCCGGACAUAACCCUAAACGCAAAUACAACACCUAUCGGGACGCAUGUGUUCACAGCGUCUGCGACUGACGUCGACAGCCCUGUGGUGACGUAUUCCAUGACGUCACUUCCUGAGGAACCAGAACUGUUUGAAAUUGACAGAGCUCGUGGUGAAAUAUGGACAGUGGUCCACUUGAGGGUGGCUGUUGACAACGGCUAUUUGCUUGCAAUCACCGCCACAGACGACAAGGCGAACACCACGGAGUAUCGAAGGGUCAGACUCACCAACGUGAACAACGUUCCAGUAGUACAGAAUCUUCCCAAUACGAUAUACAUUAACGAGAACACUGUCUUCAACACGGUUUUAUAUACGUUGAACUUGGAUGACCCUGGCGACACGGUCACCGUGACCUUCACCGUCAGUCCAGCGUCGUACGGCAACAAGUUCUACAUGACAUAUAAUACCCAGCUAAGACAGCACUAUAGUCUGCUUAAUUACGAAGAGUGCAACUACUUCGUGGUGACGUUUUAUGCUUCUGACGGCAAAACGACUUCUGAGCCGCAUAAUUUAACUAUCCACGUCCUUAACGUCAACGAAGCAUGCGACUUCACUCCUGACGUGUAUUACGUUUCUCUGGACGAAGGAAAUAGUUUUUCCAAUUACGUCGAUCCAAAGUUGGACGUCAAGGAUGUAGACGGUGAUACCCUGACGUUUAAUAUCGUCCAAACGCCAUCUGCAGAGAGUACUUACUUCGCGAUUAAUCAGUCCACCGGAGUUAUCACCCAUGCUUUGAACUAUGAUGUCGACAAUGGCGUUCAUCCAAGUGUCGUCACGUUGAAAGUUGUUUGCGUUGAUGCUGGUGGAUUGACAGGCACGGCAACAGUAAGCGUCACUGUCAACGACGUUAACGAUAACGUACCGACGUUUUCCAUGGUCUCGUACGUGCGGACGAUCAGCCAGUACGAUGGGCCGGGGACGACUAUCUACAACAUGCAGGACCAGGUUACUGAUCGUGAUUCCGGCGACAAUGCCGUGGUGGCUUUCGCUGCGAGAGCGGUGACGACCGGAUCCAACUCGUACUUUUACUGGACGCCCGAGGGGGUCGGGAUGUUGAUGGUCUACGCUGAUGACGUCAUGACUUCCGGUGACGUACAUAGGUUUAUCCUGACGGCCGCGGACCGAGGUCAACCGCCGCUGGCAUCCACUACGACAGUGGAUAUAAUUUUUGAACUGGAAAACUCAACCACAUCGACAACGGAAGUGCCGCUAGUAUCGGAAGCGAGUUCCGUUGACUUUUGGGAACAGACGUCCAACAUCAUGCUCGUGACUCUCGUCUGCUUCCUUGGUCUUCUGCUGAUUGGAAUAGCCGCCUUCCUGACGUUCAGAAAGUUAAUUGGUCGACCGAGCAUUAUGCGACCACUAUCACCAAAGUUUCGGAAAAUAUCCCCAAAACCCGCUCCGCACCCUGAACCGUUUGAGUUUUGGAGUGUGCAUGAAAACACUAUUGGCGGCGUUAUCCACAAGGGAUUGGCAAAUCCGAGUGUGUGAAGAUUAAGAAACCCGAGUGUGUGAAGAUUAACAAUCCUGAGUGUGUGAAGAUUAAGAAACCCGAGUGUGUGACGAUUAAGAAACCCGAGUGUGUGAAGAUUACGAAACCCGAGUGUGUGAAGAUUAACAAACCCGAGUGUGGGAAGGUUAACAACUGAAUGUAUGAAAUCAACAACCGCGACUGUGUUACCACGAACAUAAAUUAGAGUGUGUAUAUCAACAGACCCAAUUGAUUCUUUUGUUACAAAAAUUCCACAGAUAAACAUAUUUAUGAAUGGUUAAAUUAGUGCACAGACCAUAUUCCCAUGUUAAGUUUUUUAUUCAAUGAAGAGUAAUUGCCAAUAAAUUUGAUGUGUGAGA